CGGGCAAAUAACUUGCGAGAAGAGGACAGAGCCAGGUAUUCCAAGUUCGAGGUCGAAACGAGUGCGAGUAAGACGGAGCUAGCAGUCGAAAAGGGGAGGUUUCCCGUUUCCGGCUGUCAACGACGAGACGCUGCUAACUGCUGGGUGUUUAUACGUGUUUUUACUACAAAUAAUAUCAAGGGAUAAAGAACACAGUGCGGCUCCACAUCCCGCGAUCAAGAAAGACGGACGCUCAUCUUUUGUGAGUAUAAAACGAUCUUACGAGGCCCUAAAAUUAUUACAUGAGUUAAGUGAACAAUCAUUAGGGGAGCACAGAGUAGCGUAAGCAGCAGUUGAAAAAACAUGGCUUGGCGAUUUAAAGCUUCAAAGUACAAAAAUGCUGCGCCGGUUGUGCCGAAACCUGAAGCCUGUAUCAGGGAUAUUUCCGUCGGAUCUUAUCAGACCUAUGGAAAUAAUAUUGCCGCAUCUGCAGCCUUCAUGGCGUUCAAUGUCGACCAUAACGGAUCUAGUCUCGCUGUUCUUCCACUCGACGACUGUGGAAGAAAGAGUAAAACCAUGCCUCUGCUACACGCACACACCGAUACUGUCACAGACAUGGAUUUCUCACCCUUUCAUGACGGGCUGCUAGCGACCGGAUCGCAAGAUUGUCUUGUGAAGCUGUGGCACAUUCCUGAAGCUGGGAUUGAAGAAUCCCUGUGCAAUCCUGAAUGUACGUUCUCUCACAGGCAGAGAAGAGUUGAGGCUGUGCGGUGGCACCCGACAGCCGAGUAUCUCCUCACUACAGUGUCCUACACGAACCUUUCACUUUGGGAUGUUAUCUCUCAACAGGAAUUAUUUUCCAACAACGAACAUGCAGAAGUGAUUCAGUCCCUUAGCUGGAAACAGGAUGGCAAGCUGUUGGCAACAUCCUGCAAAGACAAACAGGUCAGAAUCAUCGAUCCUCGAUCAUCUAGAUGCAUCGUCAACACAUCGCCUAGUCAUCAGAGCAUUAAAGACUCAAGAAUUGUGUGGCUCGGUGACAAGGACAGAAUAUUGACUACGGGAUUUGAUUCCGCGAGACUGCGUCAAGUUUACAUCAGAGAUCUGAGGAACUUGAGCGAACCAGUUAAAACACUGGAACUCGACUGCAGCACAGGAAUACUCAUGCCUCUGUUCGACCCUGACACGAACAUGCUUUUCCUAGCUGGGAAAGGUGACACAACAAUUUUGUACAUGGAGGUGACAGAAAGGGAGCCACAUUUAGUCGAGGGGAUCAGACAUAGCGGAGAACAGACAAAGGGUGGUUGUCUUGUGCCAAAAAGAGCUCUAAACGUAAUGCAGGCUGAAGUUAACAGACUCUUGCAGCUGACAUCUAACAUGGUUAUACCGAUAAUGUAUCAAGUGCCAAGAAAAACUUACAGGGAUUUUCAUGCCGAUAUAUAUCCUGAAACAGCUGGUUGUGUCGCACAGAAUACAGCGGCAGCUUGGAUCAAAGGACACGAUGCCCCGGUGCCAAAAAUGUCGCUUGAUCCUUCGAAAAGGGAAAAGGGCGAGGAUCCUGUAACGGUACACAAAGGAAACUUAACAACGCUGAAAGAAAAUCAUCAAGAAAUACAAGUCGAACAGCCAAAGUCUAGCCAGACUAUUACCAUCACAGCACCAAAGGGCUACGCCAAAUUACAGUCCGUCGUGCAAGAAAAUGACAAAAAAAUUGAUAUUGAUAUAAGACAAUGCGAGGAGAUAAUACAGACCGACAUUGAGGAUGAAGAGUCAAAGAUACAAAACGGCAGCCAAACUGUACCCCCAAAACCACUGCCAAGAGCGUCAAGGGCUAACAGUAUUUCUGAGGAAGAUCCAAAGCCGGUCGCUAGGCCUCGUACAACGCCGAAUCCUGGAUGCGUAGUUACGCCAGUAAAUCCUAACGCUGUCGGAGGAUAUAAGCCACGCCUUGGCCCAAAACCGUUUCAAGCAAAAUCCGGAAGCCAAGAAUUCUCCUUUGACAAAGUCUUCUCUGUUCCGGUGGCCCCGAACACUGAGAGUAAUGGUCAUCCAACUGACAUCGGCUGUUCGGCAGACAGCAAUACCGAUGCUGACAAAUCUCCGACGUCUGAAAACGAGCAGGUCAAAGAGUCGGAAAAUGGCAAAAGCGACUGCAGUUCAAUGGAAGAGGAUGCCAAUUCCAGCGAUUCCAGUUACAAACCAAAAACUCCGAGUACAGCCGAAAGGCGUAAAUUAUUUGAGACUAAAGUUAAGGACGAGUCACCAGAGAACGAAGAGUCGGGCAACUUUGAGCGCGGUAGCGUCAAUAGAAAUUCCAUCGCAGAAAGGCGGAGGCUAUAUGAAAGUCGUUCGGUCUCUGUUACCGACGGUAACUUGGCUGAAAAGGCAAUGGGUUCUCCGACUCCUCUAAGAAGGCGGGAUUCUUUCAAGGCGAAAAGCGAUGUGAUCAAAGAAGACGAAGUCAAGAAAAUCAUCCCAGUGUUGAGACAGCAGAGUAUGGAUCCUCGGCUUGAGAAACCUGAGCCCGUGACGACGCCAACACCCAAAAGAACUUCCACUGUGUUCGGACGAGUAUCGAAAUUCAGACAUUUGAAAGGAACCCCUGGUCACAAAUCGACUCACAUUGAGAACAUAAGAAACAUCAGUCGUCAAAUAUCUGGAGAAUGCGACGGUUUUCAUGCUAAUCCUGACCGAGUUGCUGUUCCGUUGAGUGGACCGGGUGGCAAAAUAGCAGUUUUGGAACUCAAGAAAACGGGUCGAUUGGCAGAUGGAGUAAUGCCAGCACUUGUUCAUGGCGCAACAAUUAUGGACUUUCAAUGGGAUCCUUUCAAUAAUCAACAACUUGCCGUCGCAUGUGACGAUGGAAUGAUAAGAUUGUGGGAGAUCCCUCCGACCGGGCUUGAAGAGCCAACGAACGAGCCCCGCUCAAUGAUUGAAGCUCACGCGGACAAAAUCUACUUGAUCAAAUUUCACCCUCUGGCUUCGAAUGUUCUCGCGUCAGCCUCGUACGAUAUGACUGUGAAAAUUUGGGACCUGACUCCCCUUCAGUCUGGCGAGUCUGCGGUCGCCAAAAUAACUCUGACUGGUCACACAGACCAAAUAUUCAGUCUGGCUUGGUCGCCGUGUGGUCAGUAUUUAGCCAGUGCCUGCAAGGACGGUAAACUGCGCGUUUAUAAACCAAGGGAUGGAGACACUCCGAUCAGAGAAGGCAAAGGACCGGUUGGAACAAGAGGCGCUAGAGUCGUGUGGGCCCUAGAUGGAAGAUUUCUAGUCGUCAUGGGCUUUGACAAGGUCUCUGAACGACAGAUAAUCGUCUUCAAGGCGGACAAUCUCAAUUCGCCACUGAAUACAGUCGGUCUCGACGUGUCGCCAGCCAUAUUGAUGCCAUAUUACGACGAGGACAGUUCUACUUUGUUUUUAACUGGUCGGGGUGAUUCAACGAUAUACGCUUUUGAGGUAACAGAAGAAGCUCCCUACUGCUGCCCACUGAGUCACCAUCGCUGUGCAAGUUUACAUCAAGGAUUGUCGUUUCUGCCUAAAAAUCGAUGCGAUGUGACAAUUGUCGAGUUUGCAGCUGCUCUUAGACUAACCAACAAUACAAUAGAGCCUCUUAGCUUCACUGUGCCUCGUAUAAAGAGCGAGUUGUUCCAAGAUGACUUAUUCCCUCCUACAAGAGUCACGUGGAGUCCGACAGUCAGUGCAGCUGAAUGGUUUGGUAGAGCUAACAAACAAGCGCCCAGAAUCAGUCUGAAACCUCCAGGAAUGGACAGCUUGACCGAAAGUCAGGGACAAGGUGUCGUCACUGCUCCGGUAUCUGCGAAGCAGUCAACAGCCGCUACAACACCAUUUGUCGGUGCGACGCAACCAUUCAAUAGACUGGGAUGGAAUCCAGACCUGGCUGGCCAAACGAAGGCAAAACAAGAAGAGAUUCAAAAGUCAGUGAGCAACGUUAUGGGAGAUAUUGUACACCGUUCUUUGGAGCAAGAUCACAUGGAAGGAGUCGACGAACGCGAAUGGGACGAGUGAAUGAGGCGCGCUCGUGGCAAAGUGGUAGGUAACUUAAAAUAAGAGAGGAAGAAAAGGAAUAUAAGGAAUAAAAAACGCAGUCAUAAAGUAAUGUUGCAGUAGAGAAAGAAUAAUAACAUCAACAACAAUAAUAAUUGAGCUGAUGAUUCAUUAAGAUUCGCACAAUUGGUGUAGCUGAUUCGCGCAACAAUUAUAAUAAUACAUACAUAAAUACAUGUUAAUAAUCAAAUAGACAACGCCGAUGAAUGCAUGGAAAUAAUGACGUGUAUGCGUGUUCUAGAUUAUAAAAUUAAAAUUCCCCAAUAGCUUUUGUUCUCGCUAGAUACUCCCAAACCAUAAAUGACAUAUACUUCCCAAGUUCUAACGGUGAUUUAUAUAGAUUUAAUACAUGUGUAUAUAUAUACCAUGUAUAUCAGAUAUACAUCUGAUAUACAUCUGAUAUACACAAAUGUUUUUCAUUUCAUACUUAAUAUUUUCUUAUCCGCAUCACUCGUGACUGAUCAAACCAGUAAUUUUUUUUCUCUCUUUCUUUUUUUUUUUCGUGCCUAUCAAUCAUUUUCCUUGGACAUCAAUUUAUAUUAAAUACUUACUAACAGAGUAUCGAUGUAAUGUUGGGAUAAAUAAUUUUUAGAGAUUUUCAUAUCAGUUACGACAUUGUCUUAUUGUUAGAAAUAUGUAUUCUAUGAUUUGCAAUUAAAGAAAAGAAGAAAUUUUUAAAAAGCAAGAAUAAUAAUACGAAAGAUAUGAAUGAAGAUAAAGGUGCUAUAAGUAUCUAAUUCGAAAUUUAAAUUCCGGUGUUGUCUUUAUAUUUUCAUUUUUGCUUGAAAACUCUAGUUUUCUUUCUUUUCUCUUUUUUGCUUUGUACAUUGAACGGUGCGCAAUUGAUACUUGCAAAUGUCCAAGAUUUUAGCGAAUUAUAAUUGUAAAUUUUUUGAUAAAUGACUUUAAGUUCAUCGCAUUAUACUAUACACAUGACAAGUAACGACACGGCAGUAAUUAGGUUCUUUUUUCACUUAGCAUUGGAGGAUGCGUGAUUGUAGCUCUAGUCCGGGGUGGUUUUAGUUCUAAUUUUACUCGAAUUUUUUUUUCUCGCUAGCAUUGUAUUAUUAGUAUAAUUAAUCAUAACUAAAAUUGAAUAAUUAGCUUAGGUUUAUCGAAGGCUAUGCUAAGAAUAUAUACCAUAAGAGAAUUGAGUGGACCUAAGCGGUAACAUAUGGUUAAAAGGUUUCAGAAUGAAAUAUGAAUUUCAUUCAAGGUCUGAAUACGAAGGUGAAAAAAAAAAACAAAAAAAAGAAAAACAAAGAAAACAGAACGCAUUUAGAUUUAAGAUUAAUAUUGCUCACCGAAUGUAGAAACUGACCAAUACUAUGCUAUAUUAAAAGAAGCAGAAAAAACAGUGAAA